AAUUAGAAAGUAGAAACUCCAACUUCCUUGCAAGUACUAAUCUUCCUUUGUUAUGCUCGAACAAAGAAAAAUCCAAAUACCCAAAACCCCCAAAAAAAAAACUCAAAAGACUUUUUUAGUCUUUGAUUUUGACUCUUUGCGUUAGCUAAAUUCUCUUGCAAAUUCUGAAACUUUUUUUGUUUUUGCAAAUGGGUUUUGUAUUUUCAAGUGUUACUUGAUCUGCUUGGAGCUAAGAGUUCUCUCGAAAAUUAAAGGAUCAGAAAUUUGAAGGGUUUUGGAAAAUUUUGCAGCUUUUUAAGGUUUUUAGUGUAUUCCCUUUUGCUUAUUCAAUCUAUUUUUAGAGAUUAUUUUGGAUGUUUUGAUUGUGGUAAAUAGUGUUGAUGUUUUGUUUAUUGUAAUAAUGGCUACUAAUGGCAAGAGAAACCGCCUCAAAUCCGGGGGUUUGCGUCGAUAUGUUUAUCUAGCUCUAGUUACAUUAUUGGGGGUUUUGCUAUUGAUUGUUCUGCUGGGGACAACUUCAGUUUCAAAUUUCGUCUCACAGUCUUUAGGUGAUAUAUAUGGGGAUUUGAGGCCGAGUUGUAAUUAUUCCGGAUAUGGAGCAUUACUCGAUCUCCCCAAACAGAGUGAAUUGUCAAUUCGAUUGGAAAUGAUUAACCAAUUGCCACCAAGGAAUAGAGAAUUGUAUCCAAAACUGGCCAAGGAUCAUAUAACCAUUGUUUUAUAUGUUCAUAAUAGGCCUAAAUAUCUUCAAGUGGUUGUUGAUAGCUUGUCAAAGGUAGUAGGCAUAAGUGAGACAUUACUUAUUGUUAGCCAUGACGGGUAUUUUGAAGAAAUGAACGAGAUUGUUGAAAGUAUCAAAUUUUGCAAGGUGAAACAGAUUUUUGCCCCUUAUUCGCCCCAUGUUUUUCCAGAUAGUUUCCCGGGGGUUUCUUCUAAUGAUUGCAAAGAUAAGGAUGAUGCAGCAGCAAAACACUGUGUAGGGAAUACUGAUCAAUAUGGAAAUCAUCGGUCACCAAAGAUAGUGUCGCUGAAGCAUCAUUGGUGGUGGAUGAUGAACACAGUAUGGGAUGGAUUGGAAGAGACAAGGGGACAAUCUGGUCAUAUUCUUUUCAUUGAGGAGGAUCACUUCAUUUUUCCUAAUGCGUAUCGUAACUUGCAGAUCCUUGCAUCAUUGCAGCCUCUGAAAUGUCCACAUUGCUAUGCUUCAAAUUUAGCACCUUGUGAUGUGAAUUCAAGAGGAGAAAAUGAGGAUAGUUUAAUUGCUGAGCGAAUGGGAAAUGUGGGAUAUUCUUUCAAUCGAACAGUUUGGAAAAGAAUACAUAUGAAGUCAAGAGAAUUUUGUUUCUUCGACGAAUAUAAUUGGGAUAUAACAAUGUGGGCAACAGUUUAUCCUUCAUUUGGUAAUCCUGUUUACACUAUACGUGGGCCAAGGACAAGCGCUGUUCAUUUCGGCAAGUGCGGUUUGCAUCAAGGUCAAGGAGAGAAAAGUGGUUGUAUCGACAAUGGAGCGGUUAAUAUUGCAGUUGAAGAUAUUGACAAGGUGGCAAACAUCAAUUCUGACUGGAAAGUGCAUGUUUACGAGCAUCAGGCAGGGUAUAAAGCUGGGUUCAAUGGAUGGGGAGGCUGGGGGGAUGAUAGAGAUCGCCAACUGUGCUUGAAAUUUUCCCAGAUGUAUCACUCCGCCAGCACUCUAUCUACCGUGUGAAGAUCAGAAUGUCAAUUCCAGCUGUCUCAUUGUUACUGGUGAGUUGUUGUGCAAGUCGAAGAUAGGAUGAGUUAUACAUGUGUUGUAUUUUAUACUAUCUUAUAGAAUUCUAUUACUGUGAUACACUGCUAGACUGACUCGGUGACUCCAGAUACUAGUUGUCACGUUCUUGUUAGGCUUCUAAAAAUUCUAUAUAGAUUAGUGAAAAGUAGUCUCUGCA